CGGCCCGUUCGUCCCGCCUGUCCCGGCAGUUGUCGGGCGACCAAGCAGAGCUUCACUACUCCUGUGUUGUCCCUCUACCAACACCGACACCCACUCCGUCACCCGCUCCGCUACCGGCCCACCUCCACACCACCGUCACCGCCACCGCCACCAUCACCGCCUCCGCCACCAUCCACCAACCCGCCACCGACCGGUCCGGGUUCCCUGGCCCCUGGGUUCCCACGGGUCCUCACUGCCCGGACAUGGAUCGGCAUUACCUUCAUGACCUCGAGGUGGACCAGUCAGCCAUGGAGAUGGACCAGAUGAUUACCGACGAAAAUGUCACCCUCACCAUUCGCCUCAUCAUGCUGGGGAAGGAAGUGGGCAGCAUCAUCGGCAAGAAAGGUGAAAUCGUGAAACGCUUUCGAGAGGAGUCGGGCGCCAAGAUCAACAUCUCCGAUGGGUCGUGUCCCGAACGCAUCGUGACCGUGACGGGCGCCACCAAGGCCAUCUUCAAGGCCUUCACCCUCAUCAGCAAGAAGAUGGAGGAGUUCCACGAGAUGCAGGGCACCAACGGCAACGCCAACGCGGCCGUGCCCCGCGCGCCCAUCACGCUGCGGCUCAUCGUGCCCGCCUCGCAGUGCGGCUCGCUCAUCGGCAAGGGCGGCUCCAAGAUCAAGGAGAUCCGCGAGGUGACGGGCGCCUCCAUCCAGGUGGCCUCGGACAUGCUGCCCAACUCGACCGAGCGCGCCGUCACCAUCACCGGCACGGGCGACGCCGUCACCCAGUGCAUUUACCACAUCUGCAUGGUGAUGCUAGAGUCCCCGCCCAAGGGCGCCACGAUCCCCUACCGCCCCAAGCCUCAGGUGGCCGGGCCGGUCAUCCUGGCCGGCGGUCAGGCCUACACCAUCCAGGGUAACUAUGCGGUCCCCACACACGGCGACAUGGGCAAAAUGGGGAGCAGUCCUCUGGCCGGAUUAGCGGCACUGGGGCUUGGCGGUCUGAACCCUGCUGCACCCGGAGGGAUCAACCCUGCCGCUGCUUUAGCAGCUUUAGCUGGCAGCCAGCUACGCACAAACCAUCCUACACGACAGCAGGGAGGAGCCAACCCUCCUGCACAAGCAGGAAAUGGAGCACCUCCUCAGACUGGGACACAGACACAUGAAAUGACUGUACCAAAUGAACUCAUCGGCUGCAUUAUAGGCAAAGGUGGCACAAAGAUUGCCGAGAUCAGACAAAUAAGUGGAGCGAUGAUCCGUAUCAGUAACUGUGAAGAGCGAGAAGGAGGAGCAACAGACCGUACCAUCACCAUCACAGGAAACCCUGAUGCUGUUGCUUUGGCCCAGUAUCUCAUAAAUAUGAGAAUAUCUGUGGAGACUGCUGGGGUACCCAUGGCUGGCUAUCACUACAUUGCUCCCAACCACAUUGUCAAGGCGCCACUUCACUGAGAUGAAGGUGCAGUCACAUCAAAAAUGAAUUGUCAGUUACUUAAUAAUUAUAAUCAAUUGUUAUUUAUUAUCACUUUCCUUCAACACGCUCAUGGUGGUUGGAGCUCUGAUACAGAGCAAUGUAUUGAUGUUUUUUCUUUUUAAUCUUGUAAAUAUGUUUGUGUUUAUAGAUGUAAUAACAGAGUUUAUUCAAUUAUACAUUUAGAAAAAUUGAUCUACCAUCACAAACAAUGAAGGAUAUUAAUUUGUUUCACUGCCAUGGGUGUGUUGAAUAUGAGAGGCAACGAUUUCCAUGUAAUUGAUAUCAGUGUUGAAGUGGACUGAUAGGGUAGAAUGUGAUUACUUCAAUGGGAACAAAGCCAAAGAUUUGAUUUUUCUUUUUUCUUUUUUUUGUUAAGGGUAUAGAUCUUUAAUUCUGAUGUGUGUUGUUGUAGUCAUAGUCCAUUCACUGGGGGACUAUUAACACUAAAUCUUCUGAUCAAGAGUUUAUUUACCAUUAAUUCAAUGGUUGCAUUAAAAGUGCCCUUUUGGUUUCUUUUUUACUUCAAAGACAAUUACAAUUAUGGGGGCAUCAUUUGCACUGGAGUACUUAACUUUGCAGUAAAACAAUCAACACCCUUUCUUCUUAGAAAAAGAAACACAUGUAUUGAGUCAAGACACAGUCCAACCCAAAGGUACAAGCCUGGACUAUCAGCUAUGGCUCACUUGGACUGGUUUCCACGAGAACCCUUUGUAUUUUGUUCUACCAUAUUAUAUCUGAAGUUUUUGGUGUAAAUAGUCCCCAAAUGUUAUCACUGAGUGUAAUUUUAAUUGUGAUACUAUGGCUUUUGUCCUGUAUAUUGAGGAAAAUUUCUCCUUUUUUAAUUGUUUCAACAGUGAGCUAUUGACAAGUCAGUUAAUGAUUUACUGUAAAAACAUAAGUUAGUAGGUGAUAUGUGAUGGUUGUGUUUGUGCUGUAGAAUUUUUUUGUUGGCCUGUUUGCACUGUAUGGUGUUAAAAAUAGAUUUUGUUUUAGUGCUAUUUUAGCUCACUUGUUGAUUUUUAUUAUUAAUUUUAGUGUAAGGAUCUACUUAUUUUAUUAUUCUCAGUACAUAUGUAUUUUAUCACCAGUCAUUGGAUUGAUGCAAUUAAUAGGGCAUUGCCCGAGUUAUUUAAAUCUUCCUGUUUGAAAAUUGGAAUGUGAUGAUUAUCUUAAGGAGCAAGACUGUUUGCCCUAUCCCCAAUCACCUAUCAUCUUUUUUUUAAAUGGCCAAUUCUUUGUAUGGAUGCCUCUGACAAAUUCAAUCAUCAGCUUUAUGGCCACCUAAUCAAUAUCUGAUGGUUUGAAAUGACAUGAGUAAAUUUUUGCAAAUGGCCAUUGUUGGUGCCAUAAGGCACUAAGUCAGUGUGAAAAAUCUUGAAAUAAUUGGUUCCAAUUCUUGACUAGACAUUGGAGGAAAAAAACAGUCUCUGUUCUACCCAUGGGCAAUGGUUUUUGUUGGGGAACUACAACUUCCCCUUUCAACUUUCACCACAACUGUUCUCCUAUUGUAAUUUUGUCCAAUCUUGAACGGUUGCCAUGCAUUUCACAACCAAGCCAGAGAAUAAGAGGCUUCCAGUGGUAAUGAGCCAAAAAUUUCAAAAGUUGUGAGUUCUUUGUUUUCAUUUAAACAAAUAAACAACAACAUCAAACGAAACGGCGGUAAGGGUCUAGAGCUCUUCCCAAUGAGCUACUUGCAGUUGCAUAGAAAUUAUUUUGUACAGGACAUUUAGGUUUUUGUUGUCUAUAUCUUAGCACCUUUGUUUGUAGAUUACAGUUAGAAAUAUCAGUUCUAACUGGCUACUUCUUCAUAUGAUUUCUUUACAACAGUAUUGAAACAUUUAAUCAUGAUUAAGGCUGGUACUUAGUAAUUGCUGUGAUUUGGAAUUGUAUAGCUCUAUAUUCUCAAAGUUACUUUAAAAUUUUUCUGUAGUUAUGCCAAUUGGGCUUCACAUGUUCUUACUUGUUUGUGAAUCUGUAGCAACCACUAUUUCCCUGUGUUAAUAGCCUUUGCUGCAUAUUAUUACUUAUACUAGUCACCAUUGAUGUAUUUAUUGUUUUAUGUUUUAACAAAUAAUUGUCUUCGGGGGCAGAUACACAUAAUGAAUUCAGAUCUGAAGGCAUCUUUGCCUUAACAUUUUAUGGCCAAAUGUCACAGCAACAUGAGACCUAUAUUGGAAGCGAUGAAUCCCUCAGAUUUUGUAGGUGGGGUACUUUAGCUAGCUGUUGGUUACCUUUGUCGCAGGUUGUUGCGUACAGCUAGUACUCACACGCAAGUAUACUCAAUUUUAUGUGUACCGUUUUUAGGCUUACAAGAAUAAUUCACUUUGAAAUCACAUUUCUUAAGAUUCAUUCUCGGAUUUAUUUCAGUUAUGGUUAGUUAGUUAAUUACUUGCUGGUCAGGAACAGGUCUUCCCAGUAUUAAUAAUACACAGGUUUCAUUGCUUUUAAUGUUUUUGAUAUGUGUAUAGGUAACAGUGCCAUGUAUUUGUUUUGUGCCAAAAGACUCCUUUCGGACUUGUUAGUUUUGAGAUUCUUGUCUAUUGAAUUCAGACAACAUCUUAAAGUUUACCAAGUGUGCCAAGUUGGUGUCAAAAACUCUAUGUUGUCAAAUUUUUAAAUAAUUUGAGACCAUGUCAUUAAAAAAUUUGUAACCUACUGUGUUUAACUGCGAGUUAAAUUGUUUUUGGGGCUUAAUGCAUUUUAUCUGCUGAAGAUGACUGUUGUAUUUAUUCGUUGCUGGUUGGGGUCCUACCCGGAAAAUUCUCUCUAGGACACCUCUAACAUGAAACUAGUCUUCAAAUCUGUAAGUGUUGUCGUCUUUCUCUUGCUUGCCCACAACUCUUUUCCAGCCUUUGCUCCUUUGGCUCUUGUUAUCUGCUGUUUUGAAGAAAUGAGAUACUUCAAUAAGUCAGCAUAUGUACAGGCUUUGUGGUUUGUUUUUAGUAAUUUGUCAAUUUGACAAUCUUUUUCUAUUUUCACGGAAUAUUGAAUUCCUUGUUCAAGAAUGAGGUACCCUAAUGGACCAAUGCAUUGACUUUUGUGGAAGAAGGAAAAUGUAUGCACAGCAAUAUGUCUGGUUACAUUACACUUUUUUUUAGUGUAGUUAAAUAUACAGUGAAUGGGAACUGAUUUAAUGUAGGAAGGUUGUUGCUAAUCAACAAUGGAUGAGUUAUAAUUUUUCCAAAACUUAAGAAAUUGCCUCAUAAAAGGAUGUCCCGUGAUCUUAGGCCUGGAGAUGGCUAUGUGAGGCAACCAUACAGGUGUUCUUUAUUUUUAAUCUAUCUUAUUGUUGUUAAUGGGGAGCAAAUGUUCUAGUCACAAUCCUUACUAUAGUUGAUUCUAUAGGAAAGAGGAGCUCUUAUGAAGGAUGAGUGAAGUGAGUUUUGUUCGCUUCUUUUAAAUUUGAAGGCAAGUUCUGAGUCAAGUUAGGUUUUUGCUUGUAGUUGUACCAAUCAUUGAAUGAAUUGAACUUAAUUGUCAUAUGGUAUCAGAAGCAAUGAGUUCUUUACUGUUUUUCCAGCAACAAGGUAUGUUGACUUAAUUGAAAUUUCGGUGAUGCAUUUAAAAACAACAUAAGAGGUGAUUGUUUGAGGUAGAUAAAACCUUAGUCUGUGACAAUCGUAAAACGCUUUUGCGUUUCUGUUGAAAACGUCAGCAAUAUGUCUAAAAUCAAAAUCUUAUAAAAUGUGUGCCAUUAGGUUUCAUAAUAUAGUUAUUGUUGGCAUUAAUUAGUCAAUGAAGUUUAGUAUCUUGUUUGUCAUUGUGAUGGUGCUAUGAUGUAUACAUGUCUUGUUAAGAACAAAACAUUGGUGGUUUAUUCUACUACACACUUGUUAAUUUUCUUGUUUAAAUGAAUCUUUCUCAUCAAAACAUUUUAGUAGCACACGUAAGUGUAUGUUAGUAGAAAUCAGAAUGGAUAACAAAUGCCGCAGGAUAACAAAUGAAACACAUGUGGCAUCUUUUUCUCUAGUUGAACUCUUGUUCCUUUCUUUCAAAAAUAUAACUGUAAAAAUAAUCAAUCCGCAGAAUUUAGCAUGACAUGCUUCGUUAGAUUAGCUAAAGCUGUAUGGUGUUUUGAUCUCUGAGCACAUGUCAGUUUCAGCUAAUGAGUUUGAUAAAUUUUCAUUUGAUCUCACUCACCUUUUUAAGUUAAUUUUUUCCAAAAUAUACUAUUCCUGCUUCUAAUCAAUAGACAAUCUUUAAGAUUAAUCAAUACAAGUAGCCAAUGCAUCAUGAAGCUGGUAGAAAGCAACAAUAUGACUCCCAAGCUCCCAAAAUUGAGAAACAUUCAAAACCUCUACAACCCAUCGACUUUUCGUUGUUGCUUCAAUUCUUAAAUUAUUAUUUAGCAGGUGUUCCAAAAGACCAAUCAUUUUUCAGUGCACUGAGGGACAACAAGACAUUGUGCAGUGUACAUUUUUAGCAAGUGUUUUAGUAUUCAUAAAAUUUUUAAAAAUUUAGCAGAGAUUUUUGUCUUAGCCAAACAUGAGAAAACAAUUGGAAAGGAAGAAGGUUCCCUUUGAAAAGACAGGGUUUAUAAUAUAUGAUCCUCUUAAAAUGAAUCAAUAAAUGAGGACACAACAAAGUGUCCAGUCCAUUUCUAUCCUCAAUAUUGUAUUGUAUGCUGAAAAUCAUCUGUUGUUACAAUGUUACUUUUUACUCUCCUUAAUGGGAACCAGUGCCAAGCUUCAUUUUUGUUUUCUAAUAGAAACUUAAGGACUGAGCUCAAAUGCCAAUACUCAGUAAUUUCUUCCAAGAAUGUCAGUAAGGUUUUAUUGACCCCUUUAUUUCUGGCAACGUAGUGAUCGUGGUCAUUGUAGGGCAGGCGACAUGGUACAAAUUUAAUAAGGAUGAAAACUGCACUACAAUACUUCGUCAUUGUGUUCUGUGCACCAAAACGCUUGCAAGAUAUAGCACAAUCAAUCAUCAAUGUGAUGUGUGAUUGUCAUGCAUGCACUGUUAUACACUUUUAUUUUUAAUUUUUUUAAACAAAAUAUUCAUUGUUGUGAGUGGUUUAUCCACUAGAUGUCAAAUAGAGAGGCUGGUAACUGAGUAAGUGUUAUUAUAAAAAAGUGAAUUCUUCAUGAAGCAUCAAGGAAUAGUUAGAAACAUCUGACAUUCCAGAUCAAUGGGUUCUCUCGACCAUAAAGAGAUUGAAUAUUGUCAAAACAGAAACGGAAAUUGACUUUGUUUUAAAUAAAUGGUUAAAAAAAUGUGUUGCUAUCUAAA